AAGGUCGCUAAACGAAACGGCGGGUAGCUUCGAAAGGCUCUGACGUUUUUUCUUUUUCUCCUUCGUCAUGUCUUUCAACUUUUCAGGGAUUAAGAAAGCACUGUUUGGAGAUCAUACGCCUCGACCAAAACUUGGGUCUCUCGAUUUAGAGGGUGUGACACAAUUAAUCCAGGAUGGUCAAGUCAACAAAAUAAUAACUAUGGUUGGUGCUGGCGUGUCAACAGCUGCUGGAAUACCUGAUUUUCGAAGCCCAUCUUCUGGCAUAUACGACAACUUGGAAGAUUUUAAUUUGCCCACUCCGAACGCAAUAUUCUCGAUUGAUUACUUCCGAAACGAUCCUAGACCUUUCUUUGAGAUUGCAAGGCGUUUGUAUCGACCAGAAGCAAAGCCUACGUUGGCUCAUUGUUUUAUCAGGCUACUUCAUGACAAAGGCUUACUUCUUAGGCAUUAUACACAGAACUGUGAUAGUUUGGAACGCUUAUCUGGUUUACCAGAGGAGAAAUUGGUUGAAGCCCAUGGGACAUUUCACACAGGACACUGUAUUAAGUGCAAGAAACUGCAUGAUUUCGAGUUUAUGCUAAAUGAAAUUUUAGCCAAAAGAGUGCCUAAGUGUCUUAAAUGCAAACACGUCGUCAAACCUGAUGUUGUACUUUUUGGUGAGAGUAUGCCGAAGAAAUUUUUCAAGAACCUUUCUUCGGAUCUCAAUAAUUGUGAUUUACUCAUCAUAAUGGGUACUUCGUUAACUGUGUUACCAUUCUGUGCUAUGAUUCAUCGUGUUGGUAAUGACGUCCCGCGACUCUACAUUAAUCGAGAAUAUAACGAUGGAUCUACAGAGCCUUAUUUCAAAUUAUAGCUGUCUGGAUUUUACUCAUGGUUUACUACGAGCCAUGUGACUGGUCUGAUGGUACUGGCAAAAAUAAGCGACUCGAUAUGGGACAUAAAUAAAUUAGCAACAAUAGAUAUGGGUGAUUCGAUAACUUCUCCAUUCGUUUUUUUGAAGGUGAACAGCGUUGAAAUGAAGUCUAGUUCGAGAGAUUUUAUGAUUGAUCUAAUGCUUAAAGGACAUCUACAUAGUAUUAUCAUCUAUUUAUUUUCUGCACUACUUCAUAUUACAAAUUAUACAUUUUUCACAAUCACCAUCAUAGAUACAAGUGAAAAUGCUCAAUCAAAAAGAACAUGACAUUGUCAUAUUCCAACCUAUUAUGACUUUUAUUGCGCUAAAAAUAUUCUGCUUUGUUUCCUUUAUACUAUUCAAACUUAUUAAUUAAUUUCCGUUACUAACUUAUUUACUCUGAAGAAGUGACGUACACUAAUUCGCGAAAUGUUAGAAACACAGAUUUCUACUAAUUUGGACAUCAUAAAAAUAUAAUUACUACUUAAUCAGCUAUGUUUAAUUUAUCUCUCAGUACGUCGUUUUACGUUAUAUUUAUUGAGGGUUUAUCUUCAUUCAUUAUGCGGUUUAUGGUGGCUGGUUUGAAACAGAAUUAUAUGAAAUGGAGCAGAUCUGAUAAUAAACGUGAUAUAUUUUGGUCGGGUAAUGCUGAUGAUGGUGUAGUCAAAAUAUCAGAACUUCUUGGCUGGAAGGAUGAUCUUUUGAGAUUAAAAGAGGAGACGGACUCUCGCCUAAAUGAAGAGUUUAUAGCAAAGAAAUCGCAUGACAAAAUCAGUGGGCAAUGAUUAAAUCGUUCUAUUCAUUCUGUCAUUCUGAUAGACUGAACUGAUUAUCAACAUGGAAUGUGAUUUUACUGAUCUUCAUGUUUUUUAUAUCUUCUGAAUUUAUUUUAAAUACAGUAUCUAUGGG